GACACUGCUGCCAGCUCCCAGUCCCAGCUACGAGAGCGCGAGCGCGAGGCAGCUCCCAUAUUCGAUGAGGUUCGCCGCGACCUACUCCAGGGUCCGUGAAGAAAAUAUUUCUAGAAAACCCGCGGUCCUGACUUUCUAUGAUCUCCGAACCGGGGCUGACAGACCUAUCAUUCAUAGGGCUUGGAACGAACCUAUGACCGGAUGCUCGGCGAUUACGCCCGCCAACUUGGCUCCGGUGCCGUAUCUCCCUCCUCUGUUAAUAAUGCCGACACGCUGUCGUCGUCGAUGGCGUCCACCCCGAGCCGACGCCAGGCUGCCAGGGCCACUCGGUUCCGUCCGUGGGAGAAGCUGUGGUCUGUUGAUUAUCGUCUGGAAAGCGGGAAUCCUUAAAGGGGUUCGGCUCUUAUUUAGUUAGCCCUCAUCCCUGGUGGUCACCACGUACAUUGCAGGCCCUGUUUCUGGGAUAUCAGCUUCAGGCAUUGAAAUGUCACGUAUUACAAUGUCAUGGUUGUUAGGUCAUAUAAAGGACACCGGCAUGGCAUAUCCCGCUUGAUCUUCUCUUGGUUCCCGUGUCCAAAUGAUACCCUUUUCGUUAUUUGCGAUGUUCGUUGGUUCUCCUUUCUAUAGUAGUCUUUUUAUAUUUUGUUGCCGAGAACGGAUUUGAUAACGUGCGAGUUUGGUUUACAAUGUCAGUAUUAAAUUGAGAAUAACGAAUUACACCAAGACCCC